GCGAAGAUCCCAUCGUCCUUUGGAGACAGAAUAGAGAGAGAGGCUAUAAAAAAAUUGGAUGGAGAAGUCAAUGGAGAUGGGAAGUGCAUCAGAAGUCAAAGGGCAGAAGGGCCGAAUGCUCGGAGCAGGACAGAAGACAACAGUUCAGGUCCGGUCAUGGAAGGAGUAGUGGGAGCCUCCAACAUGUCAUGAAUGCUUACAUUAACUAGUUGUUUGUGGGCAAACCGGAGGUGGUCAGAUCUGGAACGGAUUUGGCCGGGGGGAGCAGUGAGUCGAAUGGCAGGUACAGGACACAAUUCUCCUCCUGGCUCCUCCUGCCUCAAAUUCCCAAGGCAGAUCUGCAAAAGGGAAAGAGGAGUAGAGAGAAAUUGACUCUGUCUCUCUCUCUCUGCAGUGAGUGAUGGGAAGGAGGACUUUUCCAUCACUGCACUAGAGCCGGACGAGCGAUUGUGUGCCUGCGAUUGAAGCAAUAGCUGUUCCUUUCCUUCUUCUGCUUCCUCCUUGUCUACCUGGUGCCCCGUCCCUCUGCCAGCUACCAGCAGAGCAGCAACAGCAGAUGCCCUGUCUGGCCCAUCCUUAAAGAUUACCAGCCGCCCUAAGCUUUGUUGUUUUGUCCAAGAGAACCGAAAAAGUAAAGACAGAUGCGUUCGUAGUGCGGGAGAUUUUAUUCCUGCCACUCCACACGAGCCUGUCUCGAUGCGAAAUUGCGCAAGAGCGAAAAUUUGCGCGGGUUGCUCGCAAACCGAUUGAUUGAUGGAGACGACCGGGGUGGAUGUCUACGAGAAGGAUGAGUAGUAAAAGGUCUCAGCAGCACCAAAUUUCUAGCGAGAUUCCCCUUUCAUAGAACCAAAAGGAGGAGGAAGAGCAAGAGGAGAGGGGAGGAGCAGGAGAGGGAGAAAGUUACAUCUCCUCUGCCUUCAUAGAAGUGCAGUCCAGCGCACCUCACUGCGUCCAUCGCCGCGAUGGACAAGUGGGUGAAGAGAACAGUAUUGAUCGUGGUCAGUUUGAAUAUCUUGCAGCUCUUUGUGUAUCCUCAAUUCUGGAGUUGGACUUCUCUGUCUUGGCCCACAGGUUUCAGUGGCGACAAGGCCUCUGUAGAUGUGGAGGAACCGCAACUCAAGAGCUGGCCCGCCAUUCCCUCUCACAGGCCUUGGACUUUGAAUAAGGAUCUGCAAACUUUUUCGUGUGAGGCCUAUUUCGGCAACGGUUACACAGACGUUGUUCCUCUUUUGAAAGCGCCGAAGAAGUCCAAGAGAUUGAACAACACCGAUGAUCUAUCUGGCUCAUUCCAAUGCAGAUACAACCCCACUCUGCGCACUUCUAUCUGUGAAGGCAAGCAUGUGGUCAUGAAUUUGGACAAAAUCGAAAUGUCCAAGGGUGGGGAGUAUUUGGAAAAGGUCAUUGGACGUGGUGAGGAUGCAGAGCUUCCACAAUUUUCCACAGGCGCGUUUGAGGUUAUGGUAACCCAAGGGUCGCAGAUCCCACCAGCCACUCCUUUGUUCGACAACGGACAAGUAGACUCGCUGAUGCCACAAGGCCAAGUCUCCAGACACACGCUGAGGGAUUUGUUGAAAACAGUUCGGACGGUAGAUGCAUCCACUGUUACCUGCGCCAGAACCGUCGUCGAACCAACCUUGGUUGUCACUAGGUUUGAAUACGCCAACCUGUUUCACACCUCAACAGAUUGGUACAGUGCAUACAGCACGGCCCGAGUUGUGGGCCUCAAGAGCCGACCCCAUCUCAUUUUUCUGGAUGGUCAUUGUAAAUCACCCAUGGACGAUGGCUGGGAAGCUAUGUAUACCACAGUGACCUAUGCAAAGCACUUCACCAGCCCUGUGUGUUUCGAACAUUUGAUCUUCGCUCCCCUGGGUUAUGACGUGCCCCUGUUCAAAAACAUUGCCUCAACCCUGAACUGCAUGGGAAAACCUGCUGAGGAGUUGGCAAAGAAAGCUGACCCGAAUAAGACUUCUAGAGUUCGAGAGUUUGGGGAAUUUGUUGCAGCAAGUUUUGAACCCGAGGGCACGACGCCUUUGGAUGCAGAGGACGCGGAUUCUGCGAAAAUCCCAGAGGUCAGGGUACUUAUGGUGAGGCGUGAGGAUUAUUUGGCUCAUCCUCGCCACAGUGGCAAGCCCCAGACUCGUCUCAGCAACGAGUUGGAAGUUCUUGAGGCUCUGAGGAGUUGGGCGAAGGAAAGGUCUAGCACCUACUUUGAGGACAACCAGUCACUGCUAAAUGUGACAGUGAUCAACGGAGUGCUUGCACACAUGACUUUGGACCAACAAAUGAAGGCCGUGAGGGGAGCGGAUGUUCUCGUUGGAGCUCACGGUGCGGGACUGACGCAUCUCGUUUUUGCCAAGCCCACAGCUGCAGUUUUGGAAAUCUCGUCUCCAACUUACAGGAGGCCCCACUUUCAAACCAUGUCAUACUGGCAAGGAAGGGACUACCACAUCAUAAACAUGGACGGCAGCUACGCAGAUACCAUCCAGGUUCGGAGGGUUAUGGAUCAGAUACUGAAGGAUAUUUCUGCGAAGAAGUUAUCUUCAUAGUCGAGAAAAGAAAAAUAACAGGUUAAUCUGCUCUUCGCUUGCCUGGGUGUAAGCAUAUCUCUGAUUCAUUAACGUGGAAUUAUCGGACUGCUGGAAAUCGAUAAUCCUGUGGUGUCCAGCCCAGCUGUACUUUCAUCUCUCUGAUGCCAGUGCAAGGGAUUCCAAGGAGAUCCUGUUGGAACUUCAAUCUCAUAUAAGUUUUCUUAAAAUUUUUGUUCAAAUCUUUUGAGUUGGCCUAGUUGACAAGCAAUUACGAACAGGAGCUUCAGGUUCUGUAGACAGGACCUGAAUGUGAGUGCCGGAGUCGUAUGAGUGGACUGAUGAGACAGCUAUAUGAAAGGUGACGCAUUACUGGUCUGUAGAUCAGAGCCAGGUCUCAUUAGAUUCCUAUCAAUGAGCUGAGGUUUCACGCAUACUAGAUGGAUUAGGAAGAAUCCUCUUUGCAUUGAGCAUCACACCAUAUUCAAAUUCUUUUGGUUCUGCCUCAAUAUAUUGAGAUCAGCACACAAUUCGCAAUUCAUGUGAUUAUCAAG